AUGACUGGCGAAAUAAACGACCGAGACCAUCCUGACACCGACGAGGUCAUCGCGGUGUUCCUCGACGGCGAGCAGUUGAUCGCUCCCGUCGCCCGCGCCCAUAUCCGCGACGGCCGCAGCCAGAUCUCCGGCGGCUUCAACCGCGAAAGCGCCCGAAGGCUGGCCGUCCAGCUCAAGUCCGGCAGCCUCCCCGUGCCCCUGAGCCUCAUCCAGGAAUCCGGGGUCGAUUCAAUCCUCGGCAAAGAGUCUCUGGAACGUAGCCUGCAGGCAGGCCUGGUCGGUCUGGGCCUGGUGCUCGUCUUCGUCAUUGCCUACUACCGCGCCGCCGGCGUGGUGGCCGCCGUCGCCCUCAUCUGUUACGCCAUCGUCACCCUGGCCAUCUUCAAAUUGGUGCCGAUUACCCUCACCCUGCCUCACAUCGGCGGCUUUAUCCUGUCCAUCGGUCUCGCCGUCGACGCCAACAUAUUGAUCUUCGAGCGCAUCAAGGAAGAGAUCCGUAUCGGCCGCUCGUUGGGUUCGGCCAUGGAAGUGGGUUUCAACCGCGCUUGGCCGGCCAUUCGGGACGGCAACGUCAGCACCCUGAUUACCUGCGUCGUGCUCCUCUGGUUCGGCAACCGGUUGGGUGGCGGCCUGAUCAACGGCUUUGCCCUGACCCUUUUUGUGGGUGUGCUCGUCAGCAUGUUCACCGCGGUCAUGGUCAGCCGCAACCUGCUCCAGGCCUUUCAGGCCGCGGGCCUGGGCCGCGCCGCCAAUCUGUUCACCCCGGAAAAAAUCCAACCCCGGUCUACCGGGCAGCGCCCUCAGUCGGCCCAGGGGGGCCAAUAA